GUAAACAGCCACAGGUUUCCAACUUUGUCUCGGAUGGCAAGGGAUGUAUUGGCUAUCCCUAUUUCUACAGUUUCGUCUGAAGCGGCUUUUAGCACUGGAGGGAGAGUACUGAAUGAUUUUAGGAGUUCUUUGACUCCUAAGAUUGUGGAGGCCCUUAUUUGUACUCAUGAUUGGCUCCGCGCAGACUCUAGUCCAUGUGUAGUUGAAGAAGAUUCAGAGGAGAUCGACAAUAUUGAUGAAGAGUUGAGCAUGGUGUUGAAGGCUAUUAACAUCUCUGAUGUUCCACUUCCUUUUACCAAUACCCCUCGUACGAGUCCUAUUAUACAGGCAAACGCAAACACG